AUGCGUUUCUUAACAGUUCUCCUCACUCCCUACCUUCUUGGAAUUGCUAUCGCGGCUCCUGUCUUGGAAGAAAACAAUGUACUCCUAGACCGUUCAGUAUCUCAGAAGCGACAAACAACCCUUGUUAUUCAUGGGCAAUGA